GCCAUCAUCGCUUCAGGGGUACGUCCGUUAAUGGAAAGUCCGGUACACUUAGCCCGGAGAACAGCGUUUGUUUUCUUUGCCACCGACUGGACACCGGUGAUGAAGGAGGGUGGCGACAGUCGGAGGUUGACGUGGCCGACCGUGACAAAAAGGAAUGGUAGAUAAGUCAUAGGUACCCCGAGCAUAGCGCAGAGGGAUGUGGUCACUGUAGUCAAAGGUCCAUAGCGUCUGAGUAAGUUAGAUGUAGUUCAGAGGGGUCACGUGGUAUAUUCGUACAUAGGCUAGGACAGAGCUCUAGUCGAGGCUUUCCCCUCGUGUUCAGAGCCGAGUGAUGCUACCAGUUCCAGCGCAAAGGAAUCGUUCGUGUCCCGAGGACCCACCAGAUUCCAAGACUGAACUGAAGGUGAUCACGAAAAAGCUGGACAACAAUUCUUGAGGUAAGGACAGAGAUACGGUUGCUGACACUGAGGUUGACACUGCCACAGUGGGUGGAGGUUACAACAACUGUCAGAUACCUUCAGGCUGAUACAUUUUCCUUUAUGAGCAGCAGUUGGGUUUUAGGAAAAUGAAUAGAAUCUGCAUCAAGGAUAAAUUCGGCAACGAUCGAUGGUUUCUUGGAGAGGACAUACGGCUUCCACCCUUCGAAGACAAACUUAGCCUCGAGGACCGCUUGAGUUUCAUCCACAGCUUUGACCUUAGACCUGACGACGUCAUUAUUGCCGGUUACCCGAGGUCAGGUAACAACUGGCUUCAUCAGAUGAUCUACAUGUUGCUGGAAGGAACCCUAGACCCGCCUCCCUUGUUUGGACCGGAUUCUUAUGUGAACUUGGAGACAGCCACAGACACUCUGCGCAUCCUCCCACCUGUCAAACCUCGCGCUCUUUUCACGCAUCUUCUCUUCAAGGACCUGCCAAAGGUCGUCACUGAAAAGAAGGUCAAGGUGGUGCACAUCACGCGGAACCUCAAGGAUGUCUUCGUGUCUUUGUAUUCUUUUUCAGAGAAAUUAACGAACAUCAGAUAUCAUCCACCAUGGCCAGAGUUUUUUUCUACAAUGCUAGAUGAUGGUUUGUGGUAUGGAGACGUCUUUGACCACGUGACAAGUUGGGAGAAGGCGAUCGACGAUCAUCCUGAGCAUCCAUUUUACUGUGUGACGUACGAGGAGUUGACACAAAAUGGUGUUGAUCAGCUGGAAAGUAUUGACCAGUUCCUGGAGACACACAGAGGAAGACCUUUCUGCCAGGCGGUGGUUGAGAAAUGUCACAUCAACAACAUGGUCAAUCUGCGAAUGGCACAAGAAGCUAAAUUCAAUCGCACCAUGCUUUUCAGAAAAGGAGUUGUAGGAGACUGGAAGAACUGGUUCACUGUGGCGCAGAACGAGGAGUUCGAGGAGGUCGUCCGAAAGAAGAUGGCCGGCUACAAAAGUCUCCAUCAUUACCAAUUUGAAUAAUUAACUCAAAACAUUGUAAAUCUCAGUACCAGCAGAGAGUGUCUUUUAUUAGACAAUUUAUUCUUCGUUCUUCUCGAUAUUCCAGACUUUGUCACUUACUGAUGAUCUCAGUCUACUUUAUUAUAAUGAGUAUACAGGACAGUGACGCUCUCUCUGAAUGAAAAACGGAAGCCGUAGACACCUGCCGGAAACACAAUGUUUUAAUCCGGACAAUAUCGUCGAAUUAUGUCUUUAAAAAGUAAAAACAAUGGUACGUAAUUGAUGUCUAUAAAGUCAGCCGUUCUAAAGACUCCUAUAAGUGUACAGGCUACAUACUCACAUGUAUGUGUAUACAAGAACGAAUAAAGUAUUGUCAAUGUGG